AUGUUCAGAUCCGCCAUCAGAUCCGUUACCAGAGCCCAACCAUUGUUGCGCAGAACCUAUGCCGACGCCGUCAACCCUGACGUUUUGACCCUGUCGCUGACCCUGCCUCACGAAUCGCUCAUCGUCAAGCAGCAGGUCCAGCAGGUCAACGUGCCAGCUGCCUCCGGUGAGAUUGGUAUUUUGGCCAAUCACGUUCCUAUUGUUGAGGAGCUCAAGCCAGGUGUGGUUGAGAUUGUCGAGUCCCCAUCCAAGACCUCUCAAUACUUCAUCAGCGGUGGUUUGGUCACCGUCCUUCCAGGCUCCCAGCUUUCGAUCAAUGCCAUUGAAGCUUAUGCUUUGGACUCAUUCUCCAUUGAGGCUAUCAAGUCUCAGCUCAGUGAGGCCCAGAAGAACUUGACUUCUGCCGACGAGGCCAUUGCUGCAGAGGCUGCCAUUGAGGUUGAGGUCCUCGAGGCUCUGCAACAGGUUGCCAAAUAG